CUUGUACAGUGACCUGCUUGUAUCUUUCAGAUAAAGAGAAGGAGAAGAUAAAGCUUGAGGAAGAUGAGGCAGCAGCUGCCAGCACUAUGGCAGUCUCUGCUUCCCUUAUGCCACCCAUCUGGGACAAAACUAUUCCUUACGAUGGCGAGUCUUUCCACCUGGAGUACAUGGAUCUGGAUGAGUUCCUGCUGGAAAAUGGAAUUCCUUCCAGCCCUACUCACCUGGAUUUGAACCAGAAUCCACUCUUGCCUGUGGCUGAGCUGGAAGGAAAGGAGUCUGCCAGUGCUUCCACUGGUUCUCCUGCGUCCUCCUCUUCCACUGCAGUUUACCAGCAGUCUGAAGCAGCCUCCAGCACAGAGUCCCCACCACAAAACGAGAGAAAUACUCCCAGCCCCAUUGAUCCCGACUGCGUAGAAGUUGAGGUGAAUUUUAACCCUGACCCUGCCGAUUUAGUGCUGUCCAGUGUGCCUGGCGGUGAGCUCUUCAACCCUCGCAAGCACAAGUUCACUGAAGAGGACCUGAAACCACAACCAAUGAUUAAAAAAGCCAAGAAGGUUUUUGUCCCAGAUGAACAAAAGGAUGAAAAAUACUGGACAAGGCGGAAGAAGAACAACGUGGCAGCAAAGCGUUCCCGUGAUGCUCGGCGGUUAAAGGAGAAUCAGAUCACGAUUCGUGCAGCCUUUCUUGAGAAAGAGAAUACGGCCCUGAGGACGGAGGUUGCAGAGCUGCGCAAGGAAGUGGGACGAUGCAAGAACAUUGUUUCUAAAUACGAGACCAGAUACGGACCCUUUGACUUAUCUGAUUCCGAGUGAUGCAACUUUAAAGACUUGUAAAAACAAAGAAACUAAAAAGCACACAUGAAUCGCCAGUCUUCAGAGUGAGCAGUGAAAUCUGUGAGGUGUCCCAACACAAACAACUGAUGAUGACCCUGCCUGCCUGCUUGCCUGCAAGUACCCCAUCUGAACUACCCGGAGCUGGGCACAACGAAAAGUGCCAAGUCUCCUUAAUUCUGUAUAUGGCUUUCUUGUCUUUCUCACUGUAACUAUGAACUACUACAAUAAGCUUACUUCUUGGGGUUUUGUCAAGACACUCAAAGUUCGUGUCUCAAAGUCUGUUGACAGCCUGUGUGAAUAGUGACUCUCUGUUUUGGCACUCAAGUGGAAGAAAAUAGGGAGUUUUAAAUGAAAGUGUAUAUAUUGAGAACUGCUAUAUUUUAAGACUCUUUUCUCCCCCCCGCCCUUCCCGCAGUAGAAUGAAUUUUGUUUAAUACUGCAGCUCACUUCUGGUACAGCGUAGCAUCUUGUGGAGUACCGUGGGCGCGGAGUUAAAGACACCAGGAAAACAGCAGUCUGUGACGUAGGAGACUUCCCGUGCAGAGAAGUACAGCAGGCGCAUUGAAACAAUCCCAAA